CCAGAGAACAGAAUUCCGUCGGGGCGACAGCAACGGUCCCGCCGACUUUUCCAUUCCACAGCCAGAAGUCGUGCACUUUCAUUUGCGGUUCGUUAGAUAGAUAUCUCCGCGUCGUUUUCAGAUUUGCUUUCCGACAUUCUAUUGCGAAAUCAAGAAAUUUGGACAUCAUUUCCGACAGCAUCCGCAGGAAGAAUCAAAACUUAUUAACAAGGAAAUCAAAUGCAACAGACCGGGUCAACUCAUCAUGCAGUUCUGGCAGUGCCCACUGUUGUUGAUGGUUUCGCUGAUCGCGGCCAUCAACACGCAACAGACGCCAUCGCAGCGGUUCGAACCUAAUCAGGUGGCCGGGCUCGUCGAGCUCCAUCAGCAGCUGGAACAGCCGCGAGAACAUCAGGAGCAGCAUCACCAGCAGCAGCAGCCGGAACAGCCGGCUCAGGCCGAUAAUAAGGACUACGCACCGUCGCCAGCCGUUUUAUUGCAGCUGACACCCAGCGAUUGGAAGAACACGCAGGAUAAGAGAAACAACUGGAACCGGAUGCAAGGAAUGUGGGGCAAGAGGAGCCAGCAGCAAUCAGAUGGAUCUGCCCUCUCCGAAAUGACUCCACCUCGGCAGAUGGUGAAACGAGCUUGGUCAGAUUUGUCGCAGCAAGGCUGGGGUAAGAGGAGCUGGACCCAACUGCACGGCGUCUGGGGCAAACGCCGAUGGGACCAACUUCACGGAGCCUGGGGCAAGCGGACACCCGACCAACUGGAGGAUGACAGCAAAGCCGAGCAGUCGGAAAACAGCCAGGAGGAUGAAGACCAGCAGCAAUCUUCUUCCGAGGUGGAACGCGAAGAAGCCAACGAUUCCGACGACACGGUGGAGAACAGCAAACGCUCCGGAUGGAACAAGAUGCAAGGAGUCUGGGGCAAACGAAGCAGCAGCAGCAGCGUCAACAGCGGACCGGCCAUCGAAGGAAUGGGCAACAACGACUUGCUCCUCCUCAUUUCCGGCACUGGCGACCAGCUCUACCAGCAACGAGAAGACGAUCAAGCCAAAGUCAACGUCGAGGACGCUGGAAAUGAAGACAAGAGAGGCUGGAAUCAGUUGCAAGGCGUCUGGGGCAAAAGGGCUCUGUCAGCCAUGGCGGCCGGAUACAAGCGGAACUGGAACAAUCUGCGCGGAGCUUGGGGCAAGCGUGAAAUACCCGCAGCCAUCGCUAAAGGUAUGGAAUGGUCACGAAAGCGUGAAUCCGGCUGGAACAACCUGAAAGGUCUCUGGGGCUGAAAAAUUUACAGAUAA